AUGAUUUCUCUCCCGCUUGUAGUCAUCGCACUCCUUCCGUUUGCUCUCGCUGCUGAACAACUAGAUGGAGGUGUAGUUCAUGUCCCAGUCGUGCGACGAAGUAAUUCCAACCGAGUUGCGAACUUACCAAACGCUGUCGAAGCAUUGCGGAGAAAGUAUGGUAUCCAAUCAACGAGUGUAAAGAGCACGGGUUCGAAGCGAGCCAGCGCUGCGGCAAUUCCUAUCACGGACGAGGAAAACGAUUCCAGCUACUCAGGCGUUGUGAGCAUUGGAACUCCACCACAGAACUUCAAUCUUGUCCUCGAUACUGGGUCUUCCGACCUUUGGGUUGCAACAACUGCAUGCACCUCUUGUGGAUCAGAUUUACCUGAAUUCAACCCCUCGAAGUCGUCGACAUACAAGGCCACCUCCUCCCACUUGGAGAUAGAUUAUGGCUCAGGAUCAGCACAAGGUACUGUCGCCCAGGAUAGUGUCACCUUUGGGUCUUUCGAAAUGUCUCAAGAACUCCUUGCUGUUACUAGCGUUACCCCUGGCUUGACUGGCGAUGGACUCUCAGGUAUCAUGGGUCUUGGAUUUGCCCCAAUUUCUGCACUUCAGACCACUCCCUUUUGGGAAGCCCUCUAUAAUGCCAACAAUUUAUCUGAACCCUUGUUCUCUUUCUACCUGGAACGCUAUGUCAACCAAGCCAAUCAGAUCAGUGCUGCUCCGGGCGGUGUGCUCACUCUCGGGGGAACGAAUUCGAGUUUGUACAACGGCUCUAUCGAGUACCUAGGCUUGACUGGUCCACCAUCGUAUUGGUUGCUUACUGUUAGCUCGGUCACUGUACAAGGCAAGACGAUCGCUAUUGAUCCACUUAGUGGUCUUGCUGCCAUCGACACAGGCACCACCCUCAUUGGGGCGCCCACACCCAUCGCCGCAAGUAUUUGGGCCCAAGUACCUGGUGCUACAGAGCUUUCUGGUGAUUGGCAAGGGUUAUAUGCAUUCCCUUGCGACACUAAUGUCACAGUUUACAUCUCCUUCGGCGGUACAAACUGGGCGAUCAGUCCCCUAGACAUGAACAUCGGUACCCUCAACGAAACAGUAACCGGCAACGCGAGUAUUACUUCUCAGAUGUGUGCUGGUGGUAUUUUCGAUAUUGGUGUUGGUAGCGUUCCUUCUUGGAUAGUCGGUGAUACCUUCCUAAAGAAUGUGUAUUCCGUCUUCCGUGCUAGCCCCCCUGCCGUUGGCUUCGCCCAGCUUGCCAGUGGCUUGAGCUCGUCAACCGGAUCUUCCGACCCGAAUCCGGUGCAGGUGACUGGCUUGAUACCUCUGCCUACCAGUACCUCCGCGAGCGCGAGCUCCAGUGGAACCUCGAGCAGCAGCAGCACGAGCUCUGGAUCUCCUUCUCCCAUCAAGAAUAUCGCAUUAACGCUUACUCUUCUUACCUCUUUUGCAAGCUGCUUUACCUUUUUCUUCUAA